CACGCGAACAGGUGUCUGUGACAAGUUGCAAUUCAAUCGGCAAUAGUCAACUACUAACGGUACUGUUCGUUUGUUUAGGUUCUGAUUGAUCGAAUCGUUUUAUCUCGUCACAAUUACCUGAUACAAGAGAAGAAAAAUCCAGUUGGUGAUUUGGCAUUGUUUAAAAGGCCAUGAUUGUUCCGUUACGGGUCGUUUCGCUACCUUUUCAUAGCUGGUUGACGCUCCAACGCAAGCUAGCUGUUAGUGAUAAUUCAGCGUAAAACAUUUGCAUCACAUUUAUCUUCUCGCCACCCAACGCGAAAUAACUGAUCGACGAAAGAGUUUUUCAAUCAUCAAAGCCAUUUCAAGCUGAUUGGGUCGCACUGGUUGUCGGAUAAUUACUACUAAAUUAACUGCAUCAAGAUGAUGCUCGUUAACAAAAUCUGCGCUGCGAUCCUUUUGGCGGGCCUGAGACUCAUAGCCGGAUUGUUACCUUUAAAAGUGUACCGAAAGCUUGAUAAGUGGGGGAAACGAGGAGAUAUUAAAGCAGCCGAAAAGAAAACUGUCAACAAACGCCGUCAACGAAUCGACUUGUUCCUAUCCGUUUUUCUGUGUUUUGGCGCCGGACUUCUACUCUCCACCUGUUUCAUUCACAUGAUUCCAGAGGUACGCGACUCUCUUGACAAGGUAAUCAGGUCAGGAGAAUAUCCUAUUUUGGAACAAUUUCCAUUCGCCGAGGGCAUCGUUUGCUUGGGCUUCUUUGCUGUUUAUCUAUUCGAAGAGCUAGGCGAACUGUUAGCCGGCCAUAGCCACUCCAAGAAGACCAAGAAGAAAACAAAUGCUGUGGGAUUAUCAAAUGUAAAUGCUGAGAAUCCAGUAAAGACGAUUACCUCUGAUUCGGAAGACGAUCAUCACAAACUGAGGACUGUUACAAUUUCCAAUGCUGAAAACAAAAAUAAUGUGCCCGCCCUGACAGAGGAAGAAACAGACGACGAUUCAGACCAUGGAGGCGGACACCAUGGUCACAGUCACGGGCCACCUAUACUAUCAGACCUGGAACAGCGAUCAGUAACGGCCGCGAUACGCGGUUUCCUCCUGGUCUUUGCCCUCUCGUUCCAUUCCAUUUUCGAAGGAAUGGCCAUUGGUUUGCAGCCGACUCUUAAGGAUGUUUGGUUCCUCUUUGCGGCUGUUACAAUCCAUGAGCUCGCUAUCAUGUUCUGUAUCGGCAUGGAGAUGUUAGCUUCUCACAUCCGCAUCUGCAUUUACAUCGCCUACAUGGUUACUUUGGGCCUUAUUACUCCCAUUGGAGUUGCAAUUGGUAUCUUGGUGACUGAAUAUUUCCAAGAUCCUACAGCUUUUCAUACUCUCAUCAUCGCUAUCCUGCAAGGCAUCGCCGCUGGAACGCUUCUUUACGUGACUUUCCUCGAAGUGCUGGAACGCGAGCGAAGAAAAUCAGGAAAUGGAUUAAUUAAGCUCUUCUUUGUCUUCCUUGGCUUCAUCCUCCUAUCGGCACUCGAAGCACUCGGCGGUCACGGAAAUCAAGCGGAUCAUGCCGAAAAUCAAGCCACUGCAGGAGUCGCGUUUGUUUUGCAGCCCGUCACGACACCGCAAUACUCUUUCUAUUUACCAAAAGUUUAAAAUAAAAGCUGUUAAUCACGAUGGUCUUGUCAGUUCCAUGGCCUAAGAUGUUCCUGCAACAACCUAUGCAACAUUCCCAUUUUUGUAAACAAAGAGAAAUAAAGACAAAUCUUUUUAUUA